GUUAGAAGAGGUUCAUAAUUUGUUUGAGUUUCAUAGAUUUAUAGUUUCGAAUAUAGUAAUGUUUUUCAAAUUCGAAAUGAAUAUGAAAUAUCUUCUCAUCAUAUUAGCAUUAUUGUAUUUAUCUCAAUAUGGAUUAACUGCAACACUUGAGUCCCAAGAUCGAUUUCCUGAUGAAACCCGUUUCAGUUUCAACAACGAAACUAGCAUUCAGGUGAAUCGUAUGUUUGAAGACCAGCUUCCAAAUAAUGCAGAUUGCGAUUGUAAGAAUGGAAAAUGUGUAGAAGAAGACGGAAAAGUAGUUUGCAAGUGUAAUCCUGGAUUUGGCAAUUACACCAGGUCCAAUUGCAAAGCUUGUGGAUGCGGGCCAGAUUCAAAUUGUAUCUGGGUAUCAACAGGGUGGUUUUCAUCUAAAAAAGUAUGUCUAUGCAAACCAGGAUAUAAAGAAGAGAAUGAAAAGUGCGUAGGUCCUUGCACUGAAAAUCCAUGCAAGAACGGAGGUACCUGCAAAGAUACAAAAAGUGGUUACGAGUGUAUAUGUACUUCCAGUUACACAGGCAAAGAUUGUACAACGAGAGCUACUCCAUGCUCGUCCAAUCCUUGCAAGAAUGGAGGAAAGUGCACAGUUUCAGGAAAGAAUUACGCUUGUAAUUGUAUAAAACCAUACAGUGGGCCAACUUGUGAAAUAGGCCCAUGCUCAUCAAAUCCGUGUCAAAACGGAGGGACGUGUACUGUGGAUGGACAAAAUUUCAAAUGCGCAUGCAAAUCUCCUUUCAGUGGGAAAACAUGUGAAACAGGCCCAUGUUCAUCAAAUCCGUGUCAAAACGGAGGGACGUGUACUGUGGACGGACAAAAUUUCAAAUGCGCAUGCAAAUCACCUUUCAGUGGGAAAACUUGUGAAACAGACCCAUGCUCAUCAAAUCCGUGUCAAAACGGAGGGACGUGUACUGUGGAUGGACAAAAUUUCAAAUGCGCAUGCAAAUCUCCUUUCAGUGGGAAAACCUGUGAAACAGGCCCAUGUUCAUCAAAUCCGUGUCAAAAUGGAGGGAAGUGUACUGUGGACGGAGAAAAUUUCAAAUGCGCAUGCAAAUCUCCUUUCAGUGGGAAAACCUGUGAAACAGGCCCAUGCUCAUCAAAUCCGUGUCAAAACGGAGGGACGUGUACUGUGGAUGUAGAAAAUUUCAAAUGCGCAUGCAAAUCACCUUUCAGUGGGAAAACUUGUGAAACAGGCCCAUGCUCAUCAAAUCCGUGUCAAAACGGAGGGACGUGUACUGUGGCUGGACAAAAUUUCAAAUGCGCAUGCAAAUCACCUUUCAGUGGGAAAACCUGUGAAACAGGCCCAUGCUCAUCAAAUCCGUGUCAAAACGGAGGGACGUGUAAUGUGAAUGGACAAAAUUUCAAAUGCGCAUGCAAAUCACCUUUCAGUGGGAAAACUUGUGAAACAGGCCCAUGCUCAUCAAAUCCGUGUCAAAACGGAGGAAAGUGUACUGUGGAUGGACAAAAUUUCAAAUGCGCAUGCAAAUCUCCUUUCAGUGGGAAAACCUGUGAAACAGGCCCAUGUUCAUCAAAUCCGUGUCAAAAUGGAGGGAAGUGUACUGUGGACGGAGAAAAUUUCAAAUGCGCAUGCAAAUCUCCUUUCAGUGGGAAAACCUGUGAAACAGGCCCAUGCUCAUCAAAUCCGUGUCAAAACGGAGGGACGUGUACUGUGGAUGUAGAAAAUUUCAAAUGCGCAUGCAAAUCACCUUUCAGUGGGAAAACUUGUGAAACAGGCCCAUGCUCAUCAAAUCCGUGUCAAAACGGAGGGACGUGUACUGUGGCUGGACAAAAUUUCAAAUGCGCAUGCAAAUCACCUUUCAGUGGGAAAACCUGUGAAACAGGCCCAUGCUCAUCAAAUCCGUGUCAAAACGGAGGGACGUGUAAUGUGAAUGGACAAAAUUUCAAAUGCGCAUGCAAAUCACCUUUCAGUGGGAAAACUUGUGAAACAGGCCCAUGCUCAUCAAAUCCGUGUCAAAACGGAGGAAAGUGUACUGUGGAUGGACAAAAUUUCAAAUGCGCAUGCAAACCUCCUUUCAGUGGGAAAACCUGUGAAACAGGACCAUGUUCAUCAAAUCCAUGUCAGAACAAUGGAAAGUGUGAAGUAGAAAAAAUGAGUUUCAAAUGUGUUUGCUCUUCUCCGUUUUCUGGAAAGUUAUGUGAAACUGGCCCAUGCUCGUCCAAUCCUUGCCAGAAUAAUGGAAAUUGUACGGUUGAUGGACAGAGUUUCAAAUGUAAAUGUCCAAAACCAUACGAAGGAAAAAAAUGUGAAAUAAGUCCUUGCUCGUCAAAUCCUUGCCAAAACAACGGGACGUGUAAAGUAAAUAGUCGAGGUUUUGAAUGUGUAUGUAAGCCGCCUUAUACAGGAAAUUUAUGUCAAGAGGGACCCUGUUCUUCAAAUCCCUGUCAAAACAGCGGCGUCUGCCAGAUAGAGGGGCUAAAAUACAAAUGUCAGUGUAAACAGCCAUUCAGUGGUCAGAACUGCGAAAUGGGACCUUGCUCGUCCAAUCCAUGCUCGAAUAAAGGGAAGUGUAAAGUGGUUGGAAUGGAUUUCAAGUGUGAUUGCCCCCCUCCAUAUGAAGGAAAGCAAUGUGAAAAAGAUCCUUGUACAUCAAAUCCAUGCAUGAAUAAUGGCAGCUGUACAGUCAAAGGAAACAGUUUUAUAUGUGCGUGCAAGAAUCCUUUCUCUGGAGAUAGGUGUGAAAAGGAUCCAUGUUCAUCUAGUCCUUGUCGUAAUGGUGGUAGGUGUACAAUUAAAGGGAAUUCCUUCUCCUGCAACUGUCCCGAAAAUCACGUAGGAAACAUAUGUCAACAUGUGUGUGAUUGUAAAAAUGGAAAAUGUCGAGUAACAUCUGACGACGAAGUGCUUUGUGAAUGUCUUCCGGAAUACGGUAAAAAGUUAGAUGUCUGCGAAGCUUGUAACUGUGGUACUGGAGCUAACUGCACUUGGGAAGGCGGAUUUUUAGGUUUUAGGGAAGAAAAGUACUGCCUGUGCCCCGAUGGUUCCAAAUUAAAAGAACAACACUGUGAAGAUCCAUGCAACAGCAGUCCUUGUUUACAUGAAGGAAAAUGUAAAGUCAUUGGAAAAAUUUUCAAAUGCGUAUGCAAACCACCUUACACGGGACCAAUUUGCAAAGAUGAUCUUUGCACGGAGAAUCCAUGCCUGAACGGUGGAACCUGCAAGAUCAACGGAACGUCAUUCCAAUGCAAGUGCAAAACUCCCUAUUCUGGGAAACUGUGCGAGAAAGGCCCUUGCACAAAUAAUCCGUGUGUGAAUGGUGGCAAAUGUAGACUGGAGGGUAACUCUUUCAAAUGUAAUUGCACCAGGCCGUAUUUUGGAGAUAAAUGCGAGAAAGAUCCAUGCACUGAAAAUCCUUGUGCGAAUGGCGGCAAGUGUAGACUGGAGGGUAACUCUUUCAAGUGCAACUGCACCAAGCCAUAUUUUGGAGAUAAAUGCGAGAAAGAUCCAUGCACAAUUAAUCCUUGUGUGAAUGGCGGCAAAUGUAGACUGCUGGGUAAUUCUUUCAAGUGCGAUUGCACUAAACCAUAUUUUGGAGACAAAUGCGAGAAAGAUCCAUGCACAAAUAAUCCUUGUGCGAAUGGCGGCAAGUGUAGACUGCAGGGUAAUUCUUUCAAGUGCGACUGCAUGAAGCCCUAUUUUGGCGAUAAAUGCGAGAAAGAUCCAUGCACAAUUAAUCCUUGUGCGAAUGGCGGCAAAUGUAGACUGCUGGGUAAUUCUUUCAAGUGCAAUUGCAUUAAAUCAUAUUUUGGAGACAAAUGCGAGAAAGAUCCAUGCACUGAAAAUCCUUGUGAGAACGGGGGAAAGUGUAGACUGGAGGGUAACUCUUUCAAGUGCAACUGCACCAAGCCAUAUUUUGGAGAUAAAUGCGAGAAAGAUCCAUGCACAAUUAAUCCUUGUGUGAAUGGCGGCAAAUGUAGACUGCUGGGUAAUUCUUUCAAGUGCGAUUGCACUAAACCAUAUUUUGGAGACAAAUGCGAGAAAGAUCCAUGCACAAAUAAUCCUUGUGCGAAUGGCGGCAAGUGUAGACUGGAGGGUAAUUCUUUCAAGUGCGACUGCAUGAAGCCCUAUUUUGGCGAUAAAUGCGAGAAAGAUCCAUGCACAAAUAAUCCGUGUGGAAAUGGUGGCAAGUGUAGACUGGAGGGUAAUUCUUUCAAGUGCGACUGUACGAAGCCAUAUUUCGGUGAAAAUUGCGAGAAAGAUUCAUGCACAAACAAUCCUUGCAAAAAUGGUGGUACCUGUACUCUACAAGGAGAUUCUUUUAAAUGCAUUUGUAAAGAUCAGUUUGUUGGUGACAGAUGUGGAAAUGUUGCAGGAACUAGUUCUUCCACAACAACGGUUGAUUCCUCUAAUCUCACGAGUACUACACAAGAAAUGAGCUUAUCAACAAACAUGACUGACUCAUUCAAUUUGACGACACCUGUUGUACUACCUUUUGCAGUAGAAAAUAUAUGCGACGAUGAUGUAUGUGUGCAUGGAAAAUGUGAAAUAAUUGGACAUUAUUAUAGAUGCAGAUGCUAUGAGGGAUAUACUGGACUACAAUGUGAAGAUAGAAUUAAAAUCAAAUCAGAUAAACUGACAUUCUGGCAGAUUAUCCAAACUUCAAUCAUGUUUUUUGUGUUAGUUCUGUUAUCUGGGGUAUUCUGUCUCCUUUUGCGGAGGAAGAAGUGAAAUUCUGCUGGCCAACUAUGCUCCAGAUGAAGCAAUUCUACGAAUAAGUCAUUGAGAACCACAGAGAAAACCACCGAAUGUAUACACAUCCAUGGACUGGACGAGAUCAGGUCAUUUUUUUAAAACAACAAUAAAUACUGUAGUAUUAUGUAAUAUAUUUUCGAAUUCAGUGCAUUCUUUUGACCAACAAUAAAUAAUCUUUUAUUUUGUAAUAUUCCUUUCUGAGUCAGCAACAUAUACUUGUAACAAAAAAGCAACACUCCGGAGCCUCGUAUACUCUUUAAUAAAAGUACAUGCACGUUACAGUGCACAUACCAUUGGCGAACAAUAUGCAAAAGCAUAUUGGAGACAUUUUGGGGAUCUCU